UUUGAUCAUUUUGUUGUUGUUUAUUGUCUUACUGACUCUUCAAAAUCUUUUCAUUUGGAUUAUAUAUAAAAUUACAAAUUUAGUAUAGUUAGACUAUUAGUCUAAUAAGUAUUUGCUCAAAGAAUCAAGUAUUGUGGAAAAUGGCGAGGUCCUGUCAACAUAAGAAGAUAGUUCUGACUGCCUGUGUUGUUUUUUCUGCUACCAUCAACUCGGUGGUCAUUCCUGAGACCGUCUACGUCCUGACCACGGUGGGACACGGAGGUGCCAAUUUGACCUGUUUGAUUGGAGCCCUCGGCGAAGGGGUCACGGAGAUAGAGCUACAGCAGCGCGGCUCUUAUAACCGGACGGAGAGGAUCCACAAAUAUGACGUCAUCACAGUUCAGUUGAAAACUACAAACUUUAACAGAGACACAAAACGAUAUCCAGCAAUGGUUGUCCAAAGUAGUGGACAGUUGGCUGUGUCCCUGCUGAUUGCCUCUGGGAUUAAUUUGGUCGCAUACCUGGUCCAGCCAGUCAGUGCCUGGGGAACUAUGUACAUUGUUUCAUCCUGCCAUUGGCAAUCUACACUGCAGGUGAUAAGUGCUUUCAACAAGACAGAGGCGAAACUCUACCCACCAAGAGUGACAGGGUUUACUUCUUUCAGCAACAGAGAGAGAAGAAGUCUUUUUGACGCAGACGUCAUCACUAUGACACUGAAUGAAUUUCAGGUUUACGCAUUAAGUCUAGCUGAAGUGAAUAGUUUGAAAGGUAAUACUGCAGGAUUAAGAAUAGAGAGUAAUCUCCCUGUGGGUGUCGUGGUUUCCGGAACUGAAAAGUCUGCACCAGCCGCCUCAGCUGAAGACAUUGCCUUGGCGAGAAAUGACUCUAUUAGCUGCAACUCGCACAGCGCUUUCAUGCAGUGGCCUACCUACAGCCUGGGUAAGGACUUUGUCUUGGUCAACCUGGGUGAAUCACCUGUGGCAGAGUGCCUAGUGGUCAGCAGCUUUGCACACACUACAGCCAGCCUUUUUAGCGAAAGCGGUCAACUCUUGGGGAUAGUGAGGUUGAUCUCAAACAGCGAAACCCGAAAGUUUCAGCUUAGUGGUGCACGGUACGUCAAGAGUUCAAAGCCAGUCUACGUGUACAUGUUGCGUUAUACUGUCAUAGACCGCAGACUUGAGAUGAUGGUCUUUCCAGUUCUGCCCACGGCUCUAUUUUACCACAUCUACCUUUUGAGGUUGGUGGAGACACAAGAGAAGCCUGUGAAAUAUUACGUCAUCAUUGUUGUACGCUCUAGAGAACGAGACAGCAUUAUAGGUCUCAUGGACGCUAAGAUCUUCGUAAGCUUCACAUGGAGCACGCCAACGCGGCUCUUCCAAUGGACGACCGGAGUAUCUCGUAUUAAAGGUCAAGGUCCAUACCUGAUUAGAAGCUCCAGAUCCGACAUCAACUAUGGGUGUUACCUGAUGGGUCUUUCAAACAAAACACAGUUCCUGCAGCCUGUUGGAUCCUCCGCAACGCUGCCUCCUAUUCGGGACGAGAGAAUACGUCGCAGGAGACAGGUCGACAGCUCAACUAUUGGAAUUUACUCGGCAUGGACUCCGUGGUCGUUGUUUCGGUGUCUUGAUCCUUGCAGCAUCAACGCCAGCAUCGUUAAGACUAGACAUUGUCUGGCAAGUACAAGAGAAAGCAGAGGAUCCUGUAAUCUUGGGUUUCAGGAGAAUAUGGACGACUUGAAACCUUGCCCUUCAAAGCCAACCUGCCCAGAGAACUGUCCCUUUGGCACUUGGUACUACAACUGUACCAACAGUUGCGGGGAAAACUGCAUAGGAGACUGCGACAAGUUUACAGGGGCGUGUACCAGAUGUAAGACUGGAUACACCCAUGACUUUAAAUACGAGUUCUGUCAGAUAGAAUGCCCGCCUUUGACGUUUGGUGAUGAGUGUUCAGGUUCUUGUAUGCAGAAGUGUGGGUCUGAUUGUGUGGACAGAAUAGAAGGAUCAUGCACCAUACCUGCCUCAGGAAACAACAUGGCCUGGCUGGCCAUCUUCCUCUCCCUGGCCACCUUCCUGUUAAUUCUCUUCUGCUUAAGACAAAAUAAGAAAUCUGCACUUAAGGAAUCUAUUGACCCAAGCUCCGAAGACUCUCAUUGGGUUUCUCAAGGUCAAGACAUCUCUAGCCUGAAGAAGGAAAACGAGCGUAGCGCUGCUCUCAGAGACAUCGAUGUAGCACCUAUCGACAAGACGAAGUGGAAUGUACCCGGUACAAGUGCUCCGGAAAUACCAUCUGGUUCUUCUUUACACACUGAUGUCUGGAACAUUGACCAGAAGCCCCCUUUCAAGACCCCACCUUCUACGUCCGUUUCAAUAACACGGCUGAUACAAAAGACAGAUUCCCAAGAGAUGAAAAAUCCGAUGUCAAAAACGCAAGAGGACACAGAAGACAAGAAAGAGAAAGGGCCAGUGAUGAAGUUUCUUAGAAGAUUCUACUUCGUCUGAACGCAGACCCCUAAAUGCAGAAUCGAUGCUCACAUGAAGGGUGUUCUCAGCAUCGAUACACUUAUUAUGGAUGCCAUCAGCAUCAAUGUUUACAGUAUCGAGAUUACCAGUAUCUGUGUUUCAAGUAUUGAUAUUGCCAUUUUUUCUUGUAUUAUAUGGUGUCGCCCAAACACAAAGUAUUAUACAGAAGAAAUAAAGUCACAAUUUGUUACAAAA